CCUGCGCUUUUCCAGACAUUACGGUAACGAGCGUCACGCUACCAGGAAGGCCAUUGUGUUGUCUCUGUUUUAAGCUAACACAGCUACUCAGUUGCGCUUUUUUUACGGCCACAUUUCUGGUCAGCAGCGGGGUGAAACAUGUCCACAAACAUGCCGGCGGGAAGCCUAAACCUGGAGGCGCAGCUUCUGUCCAUCAUGGACGUGCUGGUGAAGGCGGCGGUGGCGGAGAUCAGUCAGCUGUUCUCGGAGAGCUCGGCGUCCCUGCGGCUGCAUCUCACCCAGAGCCUGAAGGAAAACGAAGCGCUGAGGAUGAGGAUGAAGGUGACGAGGAGCGAGCUCUUCUCCCUGCGGCUCCAGACCAGGACCAACCGGCCGGUCAGCCGCUUCUCUCCCAUCAGAAGUAAUGUGGCCAAACCGCGGGCUAAACCUCAAGUUGUCAUUAAAUCACCGGUGGCCCAAAAGACUGUUCGGGAACCCGCUGCCAUCACUCUGCAAUCAGAUACCAAGACGUCCUCCUCUGCCACUCAAGUGCAGUGUGCAGACGUGGAGAGCCCAGAUGUCAUUCUGAUCAAAGACGAGGACGACAUCGGAGGAUGUGAGCCUGUCGUUGGUCAGGAUGACUUUGGAAACCACAGUAUGCAGGGUGGUGUUGCCACAGGGACUCAGAAUUUAGAGCCAGCUGGUUCCUCCUGCUUGACAGGUGAUAAUGAGGAGCUGAGAAUCGUGAGCGUUCACGGCCGAGGAGAAGGGCCUCUGCAUGAGGAGGGAGACGCCCUCUUCUCUGCCUCUGAGCUUCAGGCUUUCAGCUCCCUGUCUGACCACAACGUCGCCCACGACACCCUCCUGAAUUUCACCACUGGUGCGAGCGACAGAGCACCGAUGAGAGUGAUGCAGGAUAACACUGUUGGACUGGGGAUAAACACCCAACUCGAAAGAAAUCCCUCCGCUCAAAUGGCUUCCAUGAAUCCUGCAUUAAAAUCACCUGUAAUAGGAGCCGACGGUCAGGUGGGACACCCCAGUCACAUCGGCCAGUUCUCCCAGCAGCAGAACGUCUUCCCGCACGGCCUCAACAAAUCCCUGGAGUGCAGCUUCUGUGGCGAGCGCUUCCUCAGCCGCGAAGACCUGAUCGUGCACCGGGCGAACCACACCGGGGAGUCGCCCAUCCCCUGCUCCUUGUGCGGGAAGUCGUUUGUCAGCAAGACCACACUGAGCAUCCACAUGCGCAUCCACACCGGGGAGAAGCCGUACGCCUGUCCGCAGUGCGGGAAGCGCUUCACGCAGAACGGCAGCCUGAAGAUCCACCUGAGGACUCACUCCGGAGAGAAGCCGUACACCUGCAACCAGUGCACCGCCAGCUUCAACAACCCCAGCAACCUGCGCAGACACAUGAUCACACACAGCAGCAAUGGGGCACUCUGACCAUGAGCUCUGUGGCAGACGCUGUUUCUUCACAGAGUGUCAUUACACAUUGUGACUUUCUGACAACUGAAGAAACGGUGGUUAUUGCGAACUGUUUUAUAGAUACAAUACACAGGCUUGACUGUUGUUGGUUCAUGCCGUGAAAUAAAUACCCGGCGAAGUAAUUCACUGAUGUCAAUAUAAUAUUUGCCCUCAUCGGCCUAAUAAUACACAAAACAGUUCUGGCAAAAUAUCUGUUUAUUCAAUUUCUGUUGUUUUGCAGUGUUGAUCUUCAUAGUGCCACACCCAAGAUAUAUACACGUGAUGGGGAUGGGUGAUAGAAAGCUUUUUAAAUUUGAUACUAUAAAGACAGUUUUUGUUCCAACUUUCACAAUAUUGACACCUAUCGUCUUCAGUGGAUCUGUGAUUUUCUAAACAAUGGUCAUUUUUAGAAAAUGAUUAAACUUAAUGACGCAUAGUGGCCAUUAAAAAAGCCAAUUUAUUACAAAGCAAAAUUAAGAAAAAAGCAUCUGGAGGUUUAUAGAAAUACAAUAGAUAAAUGAACAUUUAGUUAAUAUAUGCACAGCGGUGCACUUGGGAUGUCAUGUGACACUGUGACUUUAUAUGUCAGGGCUGUUUUGGCACAAACAUUAAAAAAGUAGUGAAUCUGUUUGGAAGCGAUGUAGCUACCCACAUUUUGUAUUUAUAUAGUUUUGUUGGUGAUAUUUUUUUAAAGGAAUCCGUAGCAGAUGGGUAAUUACUUAUCCUCCCAUCCCUAGUGACUGCUGGUGUGAAGGUGUUUUAAACAUUUGCAAGGUACUAUUUUCUCAUAUCUCAAAAGUGACCAAUUUUACUAACCGUUUUAGACGUGGUUUCAUCAGUUUUUGAAACUUAUCUGAAGUUUUAAAAUGUGCAGCUCAUUCUCUGUCCCUGCACAAGGAAUGGGGUAAUUGAGAAUGCCAUUCUCUUUUCUUUUUUUUUUUUUUUUGUGUGUGUAAGUGUGUUUCAUUUACAAACAAACUACCUCUACUGUUGUCUCUGUUGCAGCUCUCUUUUUUCCUGUUUUUGUACUCUCCAGAUAAUAACAGACCGGGCAAGUUGGUGUGGGUUCUGUCUGUGGAUAUGCAGUUCUGAAUAAAUACAGUUUUGUUUUUUUUCAUACAA